UAAAGGGAAGGGUAAUAGCUGUCCUGUGUACAGUACUAUAAAUCCCUCCUGGCCAGAGACUCCAAAAUCCUUUUCCCUGUAAAGGGUUAAGAAGCUCAGGUAACCUGGCUGGCAUCUGACCUAAAGGACCAAUAAGGGGACAAGAUACUUUCAAAUCUUGGGGGGGGAAGGCUUUUGUUUGUGUUCUUUGUUUGGGAGUGUGUUCGUUCUCGGGGACUGAGAGGGACCAGACAUCAAUCCAGGUUCUCCACAUCUUUCUAAACAAGCCUCUCCUAUUUCAAACUUACAGGGAGAAUAGACAUUCCAAAUAGACCUUCUCUGCACCAUGCAGUAUUUGAUACACUUCUAUCAUCUCCUCUCUCAUUUGUCUCCUCUCUAAGCCCCUGUUAAAGCAUGGCAUGCUUACCUUUCUGCCUGAAAUUUUCCAGAGUUGGGCUCUGCAUGGAGGUAGGACCAAAACAGCCAAGGUUCCGCUUGCUAUUUCCAUGGGGGAUGAAAACCGAACUGGAAUGACUGAAUUCUACUUCCGUCCCUUCUCGAGUCUCCCCAAGGUACAGCUGCUGAUUUUCCUGAUCCUCCUGCUCAUGUACAUGGUCAGUGUCUGUGGGAAUGGCACCAUUGUGCUCAUUGUCUGUACCGAUCGCUCUCUCCAUACCCCCAUGUACUUCUUCCUGGCCAACCUGGCAGCUAUGGAGAUCUGCUACUCCACCAUCAUCGCCCCACUGACCCUGGCCAAUCUCACAUCUUUGAGGAAGGCCACCAUAUCCCUGGCUGGCUGUGGCAUCCAGAUGUUCUUCUUUAUCUUCCAGGGAGGUGCUGGAUGUGUCCUGCUGGCUUUCAUGGCAUAUGACCAAUAUGUGGCUAUCUGCCACCCAUUGCGCUACACCAUCAUUAUGAGUUGGACUGUCUGUGUGAGCAUUGUAGCUGCAUCCCUAGCACUGGGCUUCUUGGUAUCCCUUAAUAUGACCAUCCUGAUCUUUCACCUGCCAUUCUGUGGCACCAAUGAAAUCUACCAUUUCUUCUGUGACAUUCCUGCUAUUCUGCGUCUGGCAUGCAGCAACACCCAUGCCCAUCAGGUCGCCCUCUAUAUUUGUAGUGUCAUAAACGUGGCCAUCCCUUUCCUGUUGAUUUGCUUCUCCUAUGCCUUCAUUGUGGUCACCAUUCUGCGGAUCAGCUCUGGAGCUGGCCGGCACCGCACCUUCUCCACCUGUUCCUCCCACUUGAUGGUUGUUGCCCUGAUGUAUGGCUGCAGCAGCUUCAGAUACUUACGCCCUAGUUCUAGCUACUCCCCGGAGCAAGGCCGGGUAGUGUCUGUGGUGUACACGUUCAUCACUCCUGUAUUGAACCCCUUGAUCUACAGCAUGAGGAACAAGGAGCUAAAGGAUGCCCUGAGCAGAGCACUGGGAAGGAAAGUGCUGCAUCAGAGUAAGUGACAGAUUUAGGACAUCCUUCAGUAAACAAGACCCCGUCCAGAGACACAAUGUGGGUGGCCCCGGGUGAUUGGGAAUGGGAUAAGGAGCAUUUUGCCUUAUAGUACCUUCAUGUCAGGGGCCUCGCCGUGUCUCUGGGUAUUGGGGAAUGGGAUUGUGAAGUUGUAUACCCAGGUGUUAUGGUACAUUCUGGUCACACAUGCUGGUUACAAGACAAUUUCAACAGCAGUUUCUCCAAGUCCUCCUGGUGAGUACGAAAAGACAUUAGACUAGUCCAGGAGAAGCAGAGUACCAGAUUCCUCUGCUCAGUGGACUGAAGGUCUGAGAAUCUGUUUGAAACACUGUAGUUGUCACUCCUAGGGAGUCUGGUCUAGCUGUAUGAUUGACUGGGUGGGCUUUGGAGGAGUUGCUUCUUUAUCUCUCUCAACCAAAAGCAGUAUAAGAUAACACCAGGGUUACGUGACGUCAACUAAAAUUUCUCCUUCCUAUAAUUUUUUUUUCAAUUUAUGGUUUUUAGAAACAAUUGCCUAAGAUUAUUCUGAAAGACGUUAGACAAGGAAAUAUUUAUCUCCUUCUCUUCAGUUUACUUUAG